CUAUUUUUUCCACAUUGACAGUCGGCCACGUGAUACACCGGUGUCUCCCAACUUCCUUUUACGUAGUGAACCACAUGGUCGCGACCUUGCUUGCUAUCUUCUCUUCCUUUUCAUCAGAGAUGGCUACCAACAACGAACGUUCAUUUAUUAUGGUUAAGCCCGACGGAGUCCAACGAGGACUCGUCGGUGAAAUCAUGAAGAGGUUUGAACAAAGAGGCUAUAAACUCGUUGCCUGUAAACAAAUGCAGGCUUCAAAGCAGCAUUUAGAGAAGCACUACGCAGAUCUUUCAAGCAAAGGAUUCUUUGCUGGUUUGGUCACCUACAUGGCCAGUGGACCUGUUGUUGCCAUGGUCUGGGAAGGAAAGGAUGUGGUAAAGACUGGCAGGAAAAUGCUGGGAGCCACAAACCCUCUGGAUUCCAACCCAGGAACCAUCAGGGGAGACUACUGUAUUGAUGUUGGCAGGAAUAUAUGCCAUGGCAGCGAUUCUGUGGAGAGUGCCAAGCGGGAAAUAGAUCUGUGGUUUAAACCUGAGGAGGUUAUGGACUACUCUGCCUGUUCCGGUCCCUGGAUAUAUGAGUGACUUUCUGUAUCUAUGUUGUAGACCAGGUUGUGUAGACCAUGACAAGGGGUCAUCAGUGUUGUUUAUAAUCGCAAUAAAACUGAACGUCACGAGUUUGUUUGUGAACAUGAAA